GGGAACGAACCAAAGGCGCUGUCUCCAGUGUCGAGAGCCUUCUGCUAAUAUUAAAAUUUAUUAAAAGUUGUCAAAAAAAAAGUAGAAAAAAAAUUAAAAUUAGUGUUUAGCCAGAUAAAUAAAAAAAAAUGUUUAUUAAUUUAAAAUUACUAUUAACACUCGGUAUUGUGAUUGGGUGUCAAAUUUUCACCGUCAGUGCAAUUGAUUCUGUACCCAUUUUAUUGUGGGAUCAUUAUGGUAAAAUAUCAUCGUUUGAACCUUUUAAUCCUUUUCAUACAACUACACAGGAUGAAUUUAAAGAGAUUUUGAAACAAAAAUUAUAUAAUUCAUCACCACCUGUAUUAGUACUUGUUAAGGAUAUUCUUUGCACUGAAGAUAUUACACGAAACAAGGAGAGUUUAAUGGAUUUAAAAAAUGCCAGUAUUCUGUAUCGCAGUGCUGUUAAAUCACCAGUAAAGUACUUGAGGAAUUUAUUUUCAUAUCAGCAAAUAGACGAGUCACAACUUGAGUCUAUUGUCAAUAAUCAAAUGGCAAUUGUAAAUGUGAAAAAUUUGGAAGAGGCUUUAAAAACUUAUAAAUCUAUUCGUGAAUCAAGUCCAAAUUUAGUGACAAUACUUACAGGAAAUUCUUGUAAUAUUAAUCUUGAACCAGUGAGAAGAGUACGAAGAGCAGAAGUCGAUGUUUCAAAUGAUACUUCAUUAUUUUUCAAUUCAUCCGACGGCGAGGUAUUACUCUAUUCGAGUAAAUUUCCCUCCAUUAAGACAAGUUUAAAUGGAAGUUUUGAGGAAUUAACAAAAUUAUCAAAUGCAUCAGUUUCUAAACGUGUUAAUAAUUCAGUAUUACUUGAUCUAACAUUUUCAUCGCCGUCUUAUGCAAAAAUAGUGAUAAAAAUGAAUUUCACAAAAUCACAGGGUUACUAUAAUUUAAUGAAUAUUUCAUAUUUCGAUACAGCAGAUCAUACAAAUGAAAUUUCAUUGUCAUGGAAAAAUAAUUUAUAUAUACCACAAAAUUUUUCAUAUCAUUGUGGUAGAGAAUUUCUCUUUCAAUGGUUUCUCUUUGAUGAACAAAUUUUAAAAGAUAGUGUACAAUUGAAUUUUUCUGAUUUACAAAUUCAAUUUGAUGCCAAUGGUAAAUUUGGCGAAGUAUACGAUUGCAUUGGAUUUACAUCAAUACCAAUAUGGACGGGAUUAUUUGUAACAUUUAUUCUUGCAUUAAUUAUGAUUUGGGGUCUUUCAAUGAUUGUUGAUAUUCGUACAAUGGAUCGAUUUGAUGAUCCCAAGGGCAAGACCAUCACUAUUUCGGCGCAAGAAUAAUUUAUAAUGCAAAAAAAAGAAAAAAUUGAACAUGUAAAAAAUCAAUUUUCCUGUAAAUAUAAGGUAUGUUAUUUUAAUCGUCUUUUUUUUUUUUUUUUAAAUUUAUGCUGUGAAUUCGUGAGAUGAGAAUUUCUUUUUUGAAACUAGCGAAAAAAAAAAAAUUGCGCAUAGAUAAAAAAUGAGAUUCAAUAUAGACUAUAUUUAUUUAGUAUAAUCAUUUUUAAUUAGGACGUUGUAUCAUAAGUAAGGUGGUGGUGGUGGUUUCAUUUCACAGCUUGAAUCAUUCCCUAUUCGAGUAUGAGUCUGUUUUGCUGUUUGAAAAUGUUUAUCUAAUUAUUAUUAAAUAAGAGUGUAAAAUAAUAGGAUUAUACUAUGUAUGAUCUUAUUUCACAUCAUCGUUCAAAUACUCUGCACAAAACAAAAAUUGUAUUUCAAAAUAUCUAAAAAAAAAAAGAA